GGCGCGCACACAGGAAUGUCCGCCUCCGCCCUGGCCUCGUUAAGACCUAAGCUGAUCCUCGAGUCGUCAUGCGUCCUGACCAGGCUACUUCUUGGUACCGGCGUAUGUCCGCGGUCUAUGCGUUGGGCGCCUGGACAGUGCUGGGCUCCUUGAUUUUCUUCGAUCGUAAAAAACGCAAGCCAGCAGGUGAAGUAGACCAAAAGGAUGUCUCAACAAGUGAAAUAAUUGAGGCCCCGAAAGGGUUUUAUGUGGAAACAGUUGUCACUUACAGAGAAGAUUUUGUUCCGAUUACUGACAAGAUCCUCAGCUAUUUGAAAUCAUGGACUGGAGGCCCUGGACCAAAAUCAUGAUUGACUACUGAAUUCUGAAAACCAGGACUUUAGUUCAGUAUAUAAAUUUGACAGAUGCCCUGAUUUACAUUUUAUGUUUGCGAAAAGUGUAUACAUUUUAUUUAAUUUUGCUGUAAAAUAAUAAUAAUAUACAAGAAAUAUUUCCUUGAGGAAAAAUAAA